CUUGCAACGAGGAGAAUAGUCUCCAGCCGUUGAUUGAAACCCCCACCAACUUCACAAUACAAGAUGCAUGCAAAAACGCCUGGCAGAUGAUACAUAUCACAGAACCGGGUAGGGAAUAGACCUGCUGACCCUCUCAUCGAUUCAACUCCAUCUCUGUGCCCAAGGCAUCCCUGCACCAAAACCUGGCUCAGGCUGCUCUGGCCGACGACUUGGUGUUGUUGGCUUGAACUUGACACCCCCAGAUUACCGUACAAUCCUACCAAGCAUUGUGGCAGUGCCGAGCUCAGCCUCCACGACUUCGGAUCAUCAUCCUCAAUCCUCAUUAAUUUCCUACGAGUAGCUGAUGUGGCCUUGAGGCUCGUCCCCUCCACGUCUCGGUCCGGCUAUACGACGUACACAGUAAAGCCGGGAAAACACAAACCGUUUUCAACUGCUCAAGCCUUCGAGUCUCAUCAUCUGCACGACCUUUCACCUCGACCGUUACUUCUUCUGGCUGGAUGUCAGAUCUCCUGGUCGGCUGACUUGGAUGAGAGACCAAGAGUGCGGCCUUCUCAACCUGCCCAGCCUGCUCAUUCCACCUCUCUGAUUGCGUCCGACGGAACAACCAUCGAAUCGAAGCUCGUAUACGCCAUACACUCUCGACGGAAUCCCAGAUCAUCAACGUCGGCUCGACUGGUAGCGGGAGAGUCGACCAUCAGGGACUUCGCGUGGCUCGAUUCAUCUAAUCAACAUUCCCUGCCAUGUAACAACCCCGCUCCUCCAUGUCCAACGCUCAGGAUCCGGAUCAAGUUUUCGAUUUAGACAGGGACUUUAUUGCGCCCGGCAGGACUCCCCCGUUGAAGCCAAUAAAGCCCAGCUUCAGAGUCACAUGGAGCCCACCGCCCUUUGGACCUGACUAUCCGUCAACUGAUUCUUCGUCGGAGGACGAAAUCAGAGAGAUCCGCACUUCAGCGCGCCGCAAGAUACGAAAGGGUCGAACCAACCCAUCCCUGACCGACGGUGUGCUGAUUCGUGCGCUAGAUCCGAACCAGCCCGAGGCGGCCAAGCAUGCAGAAAGAUAUGCACUAGCGUCAGCAAGUCAAUCGGAGGCGGGAGGGGAGGAGGAGAAUGGAGGUCUGUCCGAAGAGGCUCGGAGGAUAAUCGCCAAUGCGACGAUCCCGGACAAGAAGUCGGAUGUACCAGAGCAACCCGAUGCUUUGGUGGAGGCUACUUCAGAUGUCGGCCAAGAUACAGACGGGGACUUCCCGAUGGUCGACUCUCCUGCUACGUUCGAGAAUGCGGAUCGGAUCCCUUCUGAGGCAGUUCCUCGUGAGAUGCGUAUCUCCUGCGCACGGCAACAAACAUAUUGCUCAACACCCCGCAAACUAGAUCUUCAACCACCAAGGAGGACCAAUGCUACUGCUCAUCCCCGACCUGCCCAACUGGCGAGCGAAGGUCUACGGCUGCAGCUUGGUAACAACCACUGGGAUCCCGAUGAUUCUAUUGUGACGUCGCCAAUUCUGGGCAAGUAUGCCAUGACACCACGAGAUCCAGAUCCAGAUAUUGUCCUGCCCGCCAUGCAAAUGUCUCCCACCCGUUCCUCUGCAACAUCCUCACCGCGGCAGGAGCAAAGGCUCCCGUCACUCAGAACCCAUCUGCUGGAAUUUGAAGCUUAUUCCCCUGGCUUUGCAGGCAUGUCGCCUAUUUUGGGUGGCCCUUCCCCAGGACAAUGGCCUCAUCUUGGUCCAUCUCCACCGUUCCAUCAGUCAACUCACACCGGCAUGUCACCUCCGGCUCUGCCUACCCACACCAUUUGGCGAACGGCGACGCGAGAUAGCUCCAUAUCGACAUCUUCUGAAUACACCCCAGGGAGUUCUGCAGCAGUCUCCACUCCAGCCUCUUCCAUCAUUGUGCAAUCCCCGGCUACGUCAGCAAAUCUACAUCCAAUGACACCACUACAGGAACAAGAACAGGAACAAGAGCAGGAACAGGAGCUAGAGCUAGCACGGGAGGAAGGGGAAAUCACGUCAGAUAGACGUUCGCCUGAACGUCCCAGGGGGCCACCUGAACGUGCUAAGGUGCCGCCUGAAUGUCCGAAGGGGCAAGUCACCAAAUUGCAAGUCAAAGAUAGACGUUCGCCUGAACGUCCCAAGGCGCGGCCUGAACGUCCCAAGUUUCAAGUCGCCAAGGUCGAAGUCACAGUCAAACUUGACCUACAGCCGCCAAAAGAUAAAGCCAAAGAUCCGCCAGCCCCGAGUCGGCCAGUGCCAAGUGGUAACUAUCCAUGUACCUAUGAAGGCUGCACUGCCAUCCCUUUCCAAACACAGUAUCUGCUCAACAGUCACAUGAACGUCCACUCCGACACGAGAACGCACUUUUGCCCCAUGGAAGGUUGUCCACGUGGUCCAGGGGGCCAAGGGUUCAAGAGAAAGAAUGAAAUGAUCAGACGCACAAAUAUCCCAGGCCGGAUAACCUGCAACGGCACGUUCGAGCGCACCACACAGAUCGAGACCGUGACGACCCUAUAUUGCGCCAGGUCCUCGGCCACCGGGAAGAGAGCGCAGGACGUGGCGGCCGAAGACGAAUGCGCUCUUCCCUUGUAUAGUAACUACUACCGACGAAUCCCAUGA